GACUUAUUCGUGCGCUGCCAUCGCAGCUGCCGCACCUAUACGCGUCUUUCGGUCAACAUACAGAGCUGACAGGUUGAUCCAACAGAAUCGGAUCUACAAAGAGUUAGACAGCAAGCCUUCUAUGUUCACUUAAUAGGAGACUUGUUCGUGCGCUGCCCUCACAGCUGCCACACCUAUACGCGUCUUUCGGUCAGCAUAAAAGGGAAUCGCUGGAGUAGCUCUUUGCAUCACGAGUCCCUUCCCGUUUGGCCGCCAUGACUACUAUACCAAACAGUACAACUGUCUUGAUCGUUGGCGCGGGACCCUCUGGUCUUGUUGCGGCGCUUUCUCUCUUACAUCAUGACUUCAAGGAUUUUGUCGUUGUGGAUGCUGUCGAGCAAGGUCAGAACACCUCACGCGCUCUGGUUGUUCAUGCCGCGACGUUAGAGGCGCUAGACACCAUAAAUAGCGGAGAAGAGAUUGUGGCGAAGGGAACAAAAGCCAGGAGCAUCAAUAUUGGCAACCGCACAUCACAACUUGUUUCCACCAACCUCUCGUCUCUCGACAAACACACCCGUCACCCAUAUGCCCUCGUCAUCCCACAGAAUCUUACCGAGUAUAUUCUCGGCGAGAAAAUCAAAGGCUAUGGCGUGACCGUUCACCGGCCAUGCAAAGUCACCUCCUUGAGGAGGAACGAGAAGGAUGACAAUCUUACUGAUGUCACGUUCGAAGAUGGGAAGAUCAUCACCGCGAAGUAUGUCAUCGGUGCAGAUGGCGCUCGUUCUGUUGUGCGUCGGAUGGCUGGUAUCGGCUUUUCAGACCCCAAGACGGGCGAGCAGGGUGAUAGGACCACCAACCUGACUCAAAUGGUCCUUGCGGACGUUUUCGGAUUCAUAGGCACCAUGUCACCAGAAAGCUUCUUCCUUUCCAUUCCUAUGCCGAAUUCGUUUAACGAAUUGCUUGCUAAGAACGGCCAGGAAGUCAAUGGUCAAAUAUACCGCAUUGGCUCAGGCGUUCCUGUGGUGGAUGGGGAGAUUCCUCAUUCACCAGGCAAGGAUUAUCUACAGAAUCUCAUUGAUAGAUUUGGGCCCACAAUCCUCUCAUCAGACGCUUCAGUUAAUCCCGGCCUCCACGCCAGUCCGCAUCAAGGAAGUUAUAUGGCAUUCACUCGCCUUGGUGGAGACAAGCUCGAGGGUGCUACCGUUGCGCCUGAUGACACCGCCAGCAAACACGGUGGCAUCAUCCUUCUCGUUGGAGAUGCAGCGCACAUCCACUCCCCUGCCGGCGGCCAGGGCAUGAACCUAGGCAUCCGUGACGCAGUGUUCCUUGGAGAGGCUCUUAUGAAGCACAUAAACGCGUCUGCCUCACAACCUUCCAAUAUCGACACUGAUUAUAUCUUGCGCGAAUUCGCGGAGGAGAGGCAUAAACGCGCAUUGGAAGUGAUUGCGUAUACAAAGACGCUACUUUCAGUUAUGGGGACACAAGAUAAGAAGAUAUCGUGGGUGUUUCCGAUCUCGGCUACUACAGUGCGUGACUGGGUGAUGUGGCUUGGUGGGAAGUUUGGCUUCAUGCAGGCAAAGAUGGCGUGGGCGAUGAGUGGGCUGGGGAGGAGAUGAUUGAUCAUUUUUGGCGAUGGAAUUCAAUCGUGUUCGAAAUACAGUAAUUACCCUUUAU